GUAACGAUCUUUUCUUUCCAGAACGUCACAAGCAACAUCAUUCAUGAUUCAGUCCGUGUAGAUGGGCGUGGUCACGGAACCAUUCAUGACGUUCAGCUCAGUGAGAAAGCAGCCAUUCAUGAAGAAACCGAUUCACCAAGGGUUGCUGAAAUACGCGCCAAGUACGAGAACAAGUUGCAAGAAGUCAACGAAUUGAAGGACCGCGUGAGUAUUGUACAGAGAAGAGUCGAAGUGCUGGACAAGCUAGUUGAAGGAGCUGGUAACAAUGUUGUCUGCCUACCGAAAGAUUCGCGAGAACCCUUCCUUCUCAACAAGGACACACUGGAAAGUCUCAAAGAGUUUUACUCCUUCUAUGAAGAAAGCUCGUCGUCAGUUCGCUCCGAACUACGCAAAGUUAAUAAGAUCCUUGAAAAAGCCGAGAGGGAGUUGGGUGCUUUACAACAGGAACUGAAUAGAGCUGAGUCGGACUGGAGAGCGAGGCUAUACAGCAAGUCAAUCAUCGUUACGUUGGAAAGUGAGAAAGGUGGCUCCGUUCAACUAGAAUUAACCUAUCAAGUAUAUAACGCGAACUGGCGGCCCACUUAUGAUUUGCGUGUCGACACGACCGGACAGCAGUCACUCAAGAUAACCUACUUCGGAAAUAUAUCACAGUCCACAGGAGAAGACUGGAUGAAUGCUUCCCUUGUGCUUUCUACCGCUCAGCCUUGUCUUGGUGGACAAAUCCCAGAGCUCGGCGUUCUGGAAGCUGUCUUCUAUCGUCCUCCACCUCCACCUGUUGCACAGCCUUAUAUGGCAAGAAACGCAAUGCUGAAAACAGCCGGUCGGGGGAGGGGGGGUUUCGGUUCAAUGCAAGAACAAGCAUGUGUUCUUGAUGCAGCUCCAAUGCAUAUGGAGAUGGCUCGUGUAGCGGAACCCGCUCAGCACGCAUUAAGCACCGAGUUCAUCAUUACCAAACCGGCAGCUAUUCCAUCGGAUGGUGCCGAGCACAAGGUUGGAAUCAUCAAUAAGAGCUCCUCCAAUGUACACGAGCAAGUGAUAGUUGUCAAGAAUUCACGUGCACAGCCUGUGCUGCUAACAAUUAAAGAACAAAUUCCGCGAAGCACUGAUGAGAAAAUAAAGGUGAGGCUCAUUGCUCCGGUUGUAUCACAGACAGAAGAGGCGAACAGCGGAGAAGCCGAUCUGACUACAGCGGCAGAAAUGCCGAAAGAGGGAUGCCGAAUGAAAGGUGGUAUUCUUGAGUGGACUAUAGCGGUACAAGAUGGAAAGACUGCUGAGCUACACGUGAAGUGGGCCUGUUGA